CUUUUUUCAUUUCUCCUCUUACAUACAUACACAAUAUACAAGAUACGAAUAUAUCUAGCAUAAUGACCACCCGCAAGCGCAACGACUUCCUCGACAUCGUCGAAAGCGACGACGAAUCCGGCAACGACGACCGCGGCUACGACUCCGAAGCAGCGGAGCAAGAAAAGAGCAAAGGCCGGGCCGUGAAGCGCCGGCGCACGCAACCAGUGCAGUCGACGAGCGAUCUACACGGCUUGAACGAUGGAUCGGAGGAUGAGGAUUCUGAUAAUGGGGUUGGGUUGGGAGAUAGUGAGGAUGAGAGGGUGGUUAUGAAGGGUAGGAGCAAGAAGAGCAAGAAACAGGCUGCUGGGUCAGAGGAUGAAGAUGAAGAAGACGAGAUGAGUGACAACGACGAAGACCACUACCUGGACGCCAGAACGGAAACAACAGAAGAAUCCUCCUCCAAGAAAUCAACAAGCAAGAAACCGCUCGACAAAGCCAAGAAGGCGCCUAAGAAGAACAAAACGGGCGUGAUUUACUUCUCCUCUCUGCCUCCGUACCUGAAACCGUUUGCGCUCAAGAACCUUCUCGAGACCCGGUCGUUCGGGCCUAUUACGAGGGUGUUCUUGUCGCCUGAAGUCCGUCCUGCUAGUGCGCCUCGUCGGAGAUCUAAUAAGCGGAAGACGUACUCGGAUGGAUGGGUUGAGUUUGCGUCGAAGAAGACGGCGAAGAUUUGUGCGGAGACGCUGAAUGCGACGAUUAUCGGGGGUAAGAAGGGCGGGUGGUAUCAUGAUGAUGUGUGGAAUAUGAAGUAUUUGAAGGGGUUCCGGUGGGCGGAUCUGAUGGAGCAGGUGCAGAGGGAGAGGUCGGAGAGGGAGGCGAGGAAGAGGGUGGAGGAUUCGAGGGCUAGGAAGGAGGAUAAGGUGUUCUUGGAGGGGUAUGAGAAGGGCAAGGUUAUUGAGGGGAUUCAGAAGAAGAAUGAGGAGAAGGGGAAGAAGAAGAAGGAUAGUGCGAAUGAUGUUAGGAUGGUGUUUAAGCAGAAUGAGGUUAAGUUGGGGAGGGAUAAGAGUGUGGAGGAUCCCGGGAAGUUGGGAGAUGAUACGACGAGGGUGUUGGGGAAGAUUUUCUGAUCUACUACUAUUCUUGUUUGUGUAGUCUAGGUUCCUUUUCUUGGUUAAUAGAUAUCCCUAUUGUCUUGUUUAUUGGUCUAUGGAUAUGGUGGUGUAUACUAGGCUAGUGUUGAAGAUUCGAACC